CCUUUGACAAAAAAAUUGUACAACCAUCUUCUUCCUAUCUCAAAUUCUUUAUUUCCCUAUAUCCCCUCUGCCUGUCUUCCCAAAACACACACACACAGAUUCAGCCAGAUUCAGGCACCAUGGUACUCAAAUUCUUGAUAUUUCUUGCUAUAACUCAAGGGCUUUUAACAACAGAGUCAGUUAGAUUUGAACUUGAAUCAGGCCAUGCCAAAUGCAUUGCAGAGGAGAUCAAAACUAAUGCCAUGACUGUGGGAAAGUACUCAAUUGUUAAUCCCACUGAACCCCUUAACUCUUAUUCUGAAGAAGCACAUCAGCCUUUGCCUGAUUCUCACAAACUUACUGUCAAGGUAACAGCUACUUCUGGAAAUAGCUAUCACUAUGCAGAGAAUGUGCAGUCUGGUCAGUUUAGUUUUCAGGCAGUAGAAGCUGGGGACUACAUGGCUUGUUUCUGGGCGCUUGAUCAUAAACCACCAACAACGAUGACGGUUGAUUUUGAUUGGAAGUCAGGUGUGGCUGCAAAGGAUUGGUCUAAUGUUGCCAAGAAAGGCUCUAUAGAUGCCAUGGAAAUAGAGGUGAAGAAAUUGUACGAAACCGUUACGUCCAUUCAUGAGGAGAUGUCUUAUCUUCGUGAAAGGGAAGAAGAGAUGCAAGAUCUUAAUAACGCCACAAACUCCAAAAUGGGAUGGCUCAGCUUGUUGUCCCUUUUGAUUUGUUUAUCAGUUUCGGGUUUGCAAUUGUGGCAUUUGAAGUCAUUUUUCGAGAAGAAGAAGCUUAUUUAACUAGAUUUAGUAAUGCCUUAUAACGGACACGGGUUAGAGAUUUUUCAAACAAAAGUUGGUAGUUUAAACUCUUAUAGAAUGAGAACUUUUUUUGCGGAUUUAUUGGUUUAUUAAAUCGUUGUGAACUUCUCUAA